GGGAGGUGGGAGUAGCUGGAGAGCCGGCCUGGCGGAGUGGCCAAUUGGACAGGGAGGCGGAGCCCGGGGUGAGUGAGUGUCUUCUCAGGUAGAGACACCCCCCCCUCCUAAGGAAUAUGUCAGGAGUUCCUGGGCUGACGGGGUGAGGAUAGCCCCCAAGAUGGACUCGGCCUACAGCUCAGGAAAAGUCAGUCUUCCUUUUCAUCGGGAUCAUGAAGGCGGUGACUUCCUCACUAUUGUGCCGUGUCACAUUUUGUGGAUCAUUUCCUCCUCUCCUGUGGCUCCCGUCACUGGCUUGCAGGACUCUGCGGGAGGUUCUCCUUUGUCAGUGCGCAGGCUGGAGGUGCUACCCUGAGCCCUUCCUCAGGCCAUCGACAAGUUUGACCUGUGCGGUCCUCGAACCAACACAGAGGCGAAGAUUUCUGGGCUUACUUCCUGGUUGUUCUGUCAGCUCCUCCAAGAGAACUGGUCUGCAAAGCGGGGAAACCUGUUUUAUUUCGAGUAUCUUUGUGAUACUUGUGCUGACCAAUUUUGUGUUGUUUGUCCCGGGGCUGAUCCUACAGAAGAUCUGCUUCAGGGCAUAUUUAGAAGUCACAUGACACUAGGUUAUAGUCCAACGCUAAAAAAGUCACAAGUAUUGGAAGCACUGCUCCUUCGUCAGUUGCUUUCCUCAGCAGUUGCUGCAACCGUUGUUGGUUUCAGAUGCGGACAAGGUUCGCAAAGUUGAGGACCUGCUGCCAGAUACUUUUCAAAAUCUGUAUAGGAGACAGUUCCACACUUCCAGCACCACUUGUGUGAAGAAAUGCUUCUGAAAUUGACUCUGAUUUUAAGCUAACAAUCAUACAGUAAUUUAAACAAUGGCUGGAGAGGAAUAUGCUUCAUUGAUGGAGGAGGGCAGUGUGGAGGAGAUGGACACAUCUGAUACGCCGUGGAACUGGUACUAUUUGGGUGAAUGUGGAAAAUGGCACAUUUUUGAGAGGGACCCAAAUAUUUCAUGUUCUGUGAGCAGCGAAGAUAUUGAUAUGAUGUACAGAAUGAAUCCUCAAGGUGUUAUUUCUUUUUCCACUGCAAAAUUCAACUACACGUUAGAUUUCCAAGCAAUGAAACAAACCAAUAAAGAAACAGGGAAACAACGACCAGUGAAACGUGCAGCCUUCUGUGUCACUGCUUUCAGUUUCAUUUGUGGAAAUGAAGAUAUUCCCAUUCCUUUACAUUGGGAUAAUAUAGAACGAGACAAACCUUUUCAGCUCAACCCAUUGCACAAAGCUUCAAAUGAAUACACAGAAGUCGCAAAACUUUUUGGCCAGUCAAUGGAUCAAAAUCGAAUCAAGAAAAUUCAAAGAAUUCAGAAUCUAGACUUAUGGGAAUUCUAUUGCAGGAAAAAAAUUCACUUGAAAAAGAUGAGAAAUGGGAUAGAGCUGAAUGAGAGAAUGCUCUUUCAUGGCACAGGCAAUGAAUUUGUCGAAGCAAUAUGUUUGCAAAAUUUUGACUGGAGAAUAAAUGGAUUGCAUGCUACAGUCUAUGGAAAAGCUGUCGAGGCCAAUUUUGACAGCUCAAUCUGUCAACAAGUUGUGGUCAUGGAAUGGUUGCAGAGGUUUGGACUUAACGCUGGAACUUGCUGCUGUAUCGUCAAAGCACUACCUGAAUCAAGUAAGGGCAUCAUCUGAAUCUCUACAGCUAAGUCACCCUACUGUAUAUGAGACCUUAGUGACAUUGUGAAGGCCGAUGGAGUCGACUAUCUGACGUUGACCUUUCACUGUGCUCAGUUAAGUUUGGAGAAAUGUGAGUAAAGGCUGUUUGUCAGAUAAAGUGGGAGGUGGGUCGAAUCGUGUGUUUACUCCCCAUCGUGGAACAGCCAACAAUCCCCACCAAUCCUGCCUUUUCUCUGGCUUGAUCAUCUUCUGGGAAUCCUGCUAUUUCAAAGCGUGUGAACUAUCUCUAGGGACUUGAAACUGUUAAUGUAACUCAGUCUCAAUGGUCUAGGAAAGACGGGCAUGCUUUUAAUAUAUUAAAUUUCAUGACCUCCGGGCUUCUAAAACCACCUCACAGAUGACUAAAUACUUUUGAAGUGUAGUCACUGUUUUUCGAAAGGCACAGACAAUUUGUGCACAGCAAACUCCCACAAACGCCUAAGUGAUAAUGACCAGCCUUUACAUAGAAUAUAGAACACUACAGCACAGAACAGGCCCUUCAGCCCAUGAUGUUGUGUCGACCUAUUGUCCUACUAAGAUCAACUACCCUGCAAACCCUACGUUUUACUAUCCUCCAUGUGCCUACCCAAGAGUCACUUAAAAGUGUCUAAAGUAUCUGACUCUACGACCACUGCUGGCAGCGCAUUCCACAUGUUUGGCCUGCUGUGUUCAUCCAGCCUCAUGUUUUAUUAUCUUGGAUUCUCCAGCAUCUGCAGUUCCCAUUAUCUCAUGACCAGAUAAACUGUUUUUUUGAAGGAUAAAUAUUGGCUUUGUCACUAGGGAUAACUCUGCAAACUGGUGCCAUGGGAUUGUGCACAUCCAUCUGAUAGGGCCUUUACAUAGAAUAUAGAACACUACAGCACAGAAUAGGCCCUUCAGCCCAUGAAGUUGUGUCGACCUAUUGUCCUACUAAGAUCAACUACCCUGCAAACCCUACAUUUUACUAUCCUCCAUGUGCCUACCCAAGAGUCACUUAAAAAUGUCUAAAGUAUCUGACUCUACUACCACUGCUGGCAGCGCAUUCCACAUGCCCACCACUCUCUGUGUAAAGAACCUACUUCUGACAUCUCCCCUGUACCUUCUUCCAAUCACCUUAAAAUUAUGCCCCCUUGUAAUAGACAUUUCCGUCCUGGGAAAAAGUCUCUGGCUAUCCACCCUAUCUAUGCCUCUCAUCAUCUUGUACACCUCUAUCAAGUCACCUCUUCUCCUUCUUCGCUCCAGUGAAAAAAGCCUUAGCUCCUUUAACCUUCCCUCAUAAGACCUGCCCUCCAGUCCAGGCAGCAUCCUGGUAAUCCUCCUCUACAUCCUCUCUGAAGCUUCCACAUCUUUCCUAUAAUGAGGUGACCAGAACUGAACACAAUAUUCCAAGUGAUAGUAGAAAAUGCAGAUGCUGGAGAAUCUGAGAUAACAAGAUGUAGAGCUGGAUGAACACAGCAGGCCAAGCAGCAUCACUGGUGCAGGAGAGCUGAUUUUUCGGGCCUAGACCCUUCUUCAGAAAGAUUCCAAUAUUCCAAGUGUGGCCUAACCGUGGUUUUAGAGAGAUGCAGCAUAACCUUGUGGCUCUCAAACUGUCAAUGAAAGCCAACACACCAUAUGUCUUCUUUACAACCCUAUUGACUUGGCUAGGAACUUUGAGAGAUCUAUGGACGUGGACCCCCAAGAUCUCCCUCUUCUUCCACACUGCCAUUAACUCUGUAUUCUGCAUUCAAAUUCGACCUUCCAAAAGGAAUCAUUUCACACUUUGCUGGGUUGAAUUCCAUCUGCCACUUCUUUGCCCAGCUCUGCAUCCUGUCAAUGACCCAUUACAACCUGCAACAGCCCUCCAUGCUAUCCACAACUCCACCAACCUUUGUGUCAUCGGCAAACUUACUAGCCCACCCUUCCAAUUCAUCAUCCAAGUCAUUUUAUAAAGAAUAUCUUUAGUUAAUGCCAAAAGACAGCAAUUCUAAUUGUGCAGUUCUCCUUCAGUUUCUUCAACUCAGGCUUCUAGAUCGGUACAAGAACCCACAAUUUUCUGACUUGAAGAACCUUUGGUUUCAACUCGAGUCGCUGUCCAGUGAUCCCCGAAGCAAAAGUCUAAUCUUUAGCCCUGAAUUGAAGUGAGAGGAAUCAUGAUCCUGGUUAGGCGUGGGACUAGAUUUACUUCGGAUAUCUGGUCGGCAUGGAUGAGUUGGAAUGAAGGGCCCCUAAUUCUGUGCUGUAUAUCUCUAUGACUCUAUGCUUUCACCAAUAACCACAAUACAUUCCAGUUAUCUGUUGCUAUUAAUGUAACUGAAAGUAGAAAUGCCAGCAGGCCUAGAGAGUAGGGCAUUGAAGAACACUUAAGAAGGUUGGGAUUGAAAUGAUUUUAUUGGAGAUGCAAGAGUACAUUCUAACUAACCGUCAGUACCAUUCUGUCUUCAUAUCUUGGCAUGUUAUGUUUUUAAGGUUUAUGCAGCUUUCCUUUGAAAGCUGUGAUACACCUUUCUCUGUUCCAGCAUAAAUAAUCCCAGUGUUUUAAACAGCUCUUAAAAGCGGUCAUUUUCAUCUCUGGCCUCAGGUUGCCUGCUCGCAUUGUACACUUCCUGAGGUGGUAACGUGUAUCUUAUGACAUGAUGCAGACUAUGUAACUUCCCAUUCAAGACAGUACUCACAGUUUAUAACUAAUAUAAAUUAGUUAGAGGUAGCAAAAGAAUAGAGAGUAGUUGGGACAGACACUGAUGCAUUUUGAAAGAAUCUUGGAUUAGUAUAUAAAGAAGAGGAUACUGAGAUAUGGUGAGAAAUUUGUUUUAGGAUUGGUUUAAGCUUGCUCCUGUAUCUCCAGUAAAUUCAUCUCAAUAUCUUUCAGUAUUCUUGGAUGCCUACCAUCUACUUUUCAAUCUAUUAUUGUUUUAAAAUAGCUUUCUUUAAGUCAUUAUCUCCAAUGGUGUCUGUUUGAUUGGCUCCUACAGUCCUGUGGAUGACAUUUUUUUUGAAACCUUCACUCUUUGCUCAAUCUUGUGUACAGGCACUUGUAUCUGAACAAUUCUUUGGAUUUUUAAUAUGUUUCUUAAAGUUUGUUUUUACUUAUUUUGGGUGCUGUUCAUUUUUCAUUGUCUCUACCUUCCUAGUUUCUGUUUUUUUUCAUUUGUCCUGUCUUCCUAGUUAUUUUCUAUGCUCAGCAUCAAUAUUUUUAAAGAGUUUUUAAGAAAAGAACCCACAUGGUAAAUAUGGAGCGGAUUAAGCAAAAGAUAUUUCCCAAGUUUGAACAUCUUGCUCAUUAAAGGGUAUAAGGAUAAAGCCAGCAAGAUAGAACACAUCAUCCGCUGACACUUCCGCCAUCUACAAUCCGACCCCCCCCCCACCCAAGUCAUUUUUCCAUCCCCAACCCUUGUCUGCCUUCCGGAGAGACCACUCUCUCCAUGACUCCCUUGUCCGCUCCGCACUCCCCUCCAACCCCACCACACCCGGCACCUUCCCCUGCAACUGCAGGAAGUGCUACACUUGCCCCCACACCUCCUCCCUCACCCCAUCCCAGUCCCCAAGAUGACCUUCCAGAUUAAGCAGAUGUUCACCUGGACAUCUGCCAAUGUGGUAUACUGUAUCCACUGUACCUGGUGUGGCUUCCUCUACAUUGGGGAAACCAAGCGGAGGCUUGGGGACCGCUUUGCAGAACACCUUCACUCGGUUCACAAUAAACAACUGCACCUCCCAGUCGCGAACCAUUUCAACUCCCCCUCCCAUUCUUUAGACGACAUGUCCAUCAUGGGCCUCCUGCAGUGCCACAAUGAUGCCACCCGCAGGUUGUAGGACCAGCAACUCAUAUUUCGCUUGGGAACCCUGCAGCCCAGUGGUAACAGCUUCAAAAUCUCCCCUUCCCCCACUGCAUCCCAAAACCAGUCCAGCUUGUCCCCGCCUCCCUAACCUGUUCUUCGUCUGGCCUAUCCCCUCCUCCCACCUCAAGCCACACCUCCAUUUCCUACCUACCAACCUCAUCCCGCCUCCUUGAUCUGUCUGUCCUCCCUGGACUGACCUAUCCCCUCCCUACCUCACCUAUACUCUCCUCUCCACCUAACUUCUCCUCUAUCCAUCCUCAGUCCGCCUCCCCCUUUCUCCCUAUUUAUUUCAGAACCCUCUCCCCAUCCCCCUCUCUGAUGAAGGGUCUAGGCCCGAAAUGUCAGCUUUCGUGCUCCUGAGAUGCUGCUUGGCCUGCUGUGUUCAUCCAGCUUCACACUUUUGUUAUCUUGGAUUCUCCAGCAUCUGCAGUUCCCAUUAUCUCUGAACUGUAGGUCAGUCAGUUUAACCUGGGUGGUGGUAAAGCUUCUGGAAGCAAUAAUCUGGAACAAAGUUUUGUUUGAACAGAAAUUAUUAGCAUUUAAAUUUUCUAAAUGUCAACAAACAUGGUUGAGUUAAUUCACUCCCAAAUUCAACUUUAGUUGAAAAUUGAACUAACAUGAGCAUUAAAAAAGGGCAAAACGUUUCUUUCUUGUUUUUGACUGUGUUUACCUGUCUGAUCGGUCUCAACUUUAUGAAUAUAAACAAACUACUAGAAUAGUUAUGUAAUUCAUGAUGGACUUCUUUUGUAUAUUCAGUUACAAUUUUUCAAAAGAAAGGUUCCUAACGUUCAUAAUUCAAUAUUAAUAAAGUUUUAAAUAUGAUUCUACUACAUUUUCUUCGAAUAAUUAUGAAGAAAAACCAGUAGCAUGAAAAUGAGGCACAAAUCAAGACCAUCAGCAGCACUCACUAAAUGGAGCACCCUGUGAAAGCCUAUUUAAGAGUAGGUAGGUGAUGCUAGAACUGUAUAAAACAUUGGUUAGGCCACAGCUAGAGAAUUGUGUGCAGCUCUAGAAUUCAUAUUAUAGGAAGGAUGUGACUGCACUGGAGAGGGUGCAAAGGAAAUUCACCAGGAUGUAGCCUGGGCUGGAGUGCUUUAGUUAUGAAAAGAAAUUGGACAGACUCUGUCAGGAGACUGAGGGACAUUUUUAAAAUUGAUUUCUGGGACGUGGGCAGCAACGGCUGGCCAACAUUUAUUGCCCAUUCCUGUUGCCCUUGAGAAGGUGGUGAAGAGCUGCCUUCUUGAACUGCUGCAAUCCAUGUGCUGAAGGUAGACCCGCAAAGCCCUUAGGGAAAGAAUUCAGGAUUUCAAUUCAGAUGUAUAAAAUUAUGAACAUCAUAGGCAGGUUUGAUGGGAAGAAACCUUUCCCCCGGUGGAGAGAUCAGUGACCAGUGGGGCAAUAGGGUUACAGGAUAUGUUAGGGGAAAAAAGCCUUCUACACAGAUGGUGGUGCAAAUUUGCAAUUCAUUACCUGUAAGGGUUGUAGAGGCAUAUGCCUUCAUAAGUAUUUAGAUGUGAACUUGUGAUGCCAAGGAGUAUGAGGCCAAGGGUUGGAAAAUGGCAGGUAGUCAGGUGGUUGUUUUUGACCCAUGCAGACUUGAUGGACCAAAGGUUCUUUUUAAUGCUGGAGACCUUUAUAAUUCUAAAUUGUGUAUACUAAAUUUUGCAUGAGGUCAGACUGAUGAUCUAAGUCUGCUAUAUUGCAUUGCAUCUCUGGAUCUCUGAGCAAAGUCAUGACAUGGCAGACUUAGAUUUUGAGAAUGCUUGUCAUCCUCAGCCCAAAACCACCACAGGUACUAAAAGAUUUUUUAAAAAGUUGAUGAAUUAAUUAUCAUUGUGAAUUUUUAGGUUAGUUUAAACUCUUAUACUGAGCAUAUGAAAUUUUCCACACUGCAUUAAAAUUUUUCAGGAAACAAAGACUGAUGGUGACACAAUUUCAAAUUGCAUGGGUUUUCGCAUUAUGCCAAUUUUCUUUUAUACUUUAUAAUGUGACAUCAUAAUGUAAGAUCAGCAGCAGCAGUCAUGAAGUGUAUGUAAGUUUAAUGCUUUUGCAGAAGAAAACCAACCCCGUGCUAUAGGUAACAAAGUGUGGAGCUGGAUGAUCACA